AUGUUGGUUGAUGAACCAGCUUGGUGGACAUCAUUACAUGCUUUUGGUUCAUAUAACUAUAAAGUUAACAGAGAUCUACGACCAUCAUGUAUGGCACUUGAAGGAUUAUCACCCGGACAGGCUAGAAUUUGCGAACUUUUUAAAGAUCAUAUGCCAGCUGUUAAUCAAGGAGCUACUUUAGCUAUUGAGGAAUGUACACAUCAAUUUAAAAAUGAUCGAUGGAAUUGUUCAGCACCACCAACAAAUCGUACAACACCAUCAAUAAAUAAAGUAGGAACUCGUGAAGCUGCAUUUACACAUGCUAUUUUAGCUGCAUCAGUUACUUAUGAAAUAGGAAGAAAAUGUAGAUUAGGUUAUAUUGAAUCAUGUGGUUGUGCAAAUACUCCUAAACCAAAUGGUCUAAAAGAAGAUUGGGCAUGGUCAGGAUGUGGUGAUAACAUUGAUUAUGGUUAUAGAUUUUCUAAAGAUUUUAUUGAUGUUAGGGAAAAAGAAAAUAGUAUGAUUAAUAAUGAUGCUAAAGGUAUUUCUUUAAUGAAUAGAUGGAAUAAUGAUGUUGGUAGGAAAAUUUUAAAAAGACAUACAAAACCAAAAUGUAAAUGUCAUGGUGUAUCAGGAUCAUGUAAUUUGAAGACGUGUUGGAUGCAAAUGCCAAGUUUAAGACAAAUAGGUAAUAUACUUCAAUCAAAGUAUCGCUCAGCAAGAAGAAUACAAAUUAAUUCUAGAGGAAAUAUGCAAAUAGUAGCACAUGUUGAGAAAAGAGGUAUUGAAAAAAAUAAAAAGACAAGAAAUCAACUUCAAACUGAGUUAGUAUUUUUACAAAAUAGUCCUGAUUAUUGUCGUAGUGAUAAUACGACUGGUACUAUAGGUACAGAAGGUAGAAUAUGUAAUAAAGAUUCACAAGGGCCAGAUUCAUGUGAUUUACUUUGUUGUGGACGUGGAUAUAAUUCUUAUAUUGAAGAAGUUGAGACAAAAUGUAAUUGUAAAUUUCAAUGGUGUUGUAAAGUUGUUUGUGAUAUAUGCAAAGAUCAAACCUACGUUCAUACAUGCAAAUAA